AGUCGGUAGAAUAACGGUAGAGCGGUCUGUACCCAGAAAGAGGGAAUUCGGUUAAAGCCUCGGUGAGGGUUUAAAAGCAGCGUUCAGCAUCCUACAGAGGGGCCGCUGCGGCUCCGGCUCCGGCUCCAUGGCCUGAUCUGUACCGGCGGCGGACGGACCGGCUGCAGCUGAAGCCUUCGAGAUGCCCCGAGCGCUCUGCAGCUGCACAAUAACACCGUCACCGAUACCGGCCCGGGGACUCAGCUAUGCUUUUCAGACGGAGAACCAGGAUGUUGCGGUUGCUGGUUUGUGGUCGGUUGGGUCCAGUGUGGAUGUGGAAGGCGCUGCUGCUCUUCGUUGCCAUUGGGUUUGCUGGCCAGCUGUUGGGCGUCAUCUUCAACAAGAGCAGUGUCCAGUCAGCCGGUCGCUCCAUCUUUUCCUCCCCCGAUGCCCAGGGGCCCUCUCUGGGCUCCUGUCAGCCCCACACCCACAUCAUGUUCCUCAAGACCCAUAAGACGGCCAGCAGCACCGUGCUCAACAUGCUGUACCGCUUCGGGGAUGAGCGUGACCUGCGCUUCGCCCUGCCACUGGGCUACCAGCUGGGCUACCCACUACCAUUCAACGCUCACAGGGUCAAAGGUUACAGAGGUCCCAGAGCCGUGGAGUUCCACAUCAUGGGCAAUCACAUGAGAUUUAAUAAGGCUGAGACGGAGAAGGUGAUGCCUGCAGACACGUUCUAUUUCUCCAUCAUCAGGGACCCAGUCGCUCUGGCUGAGUCCUCCUUUGCCUAUUAUAAAGAGGUCGCGCCUGCCUUUCGGAAAGCCAAAAGCUUGGGCGACUUUGCUGACGACCCUAAGAAAUACUACGACCCCCGCCUCCGCAACAACCACUAUGCCCGGAACCUGUUGUGGUUUGACUUUGGCAUGGACCACAAUGCUAAUUUCUCGGAGGCAUUGGCUCAGCGCGCCGAAGCCAUGAUCCGCCGCACCUUCAAGCUGAUUCUGGUGUCUGAGUACUUUGACCAGUCCAUGAUCCUGCUGAGACACGCCCUCUGCUGGCCGCUGGACGCCGUCGUCUCAUUCAGCCUCAAUGCUCGGCAGCAGAAGCCCAGUGUCAUCGGGGGGAUGGGUGGGAGCUGGGUGGGCAAAGCGGUGGCGGCGGCCGGCGUCGGCGGUAGAGUGCCACGUUUCCAAGCCAAGACGCUGACCAAUGUUACGGAGGAACAGCGGGAGAAGCUGAGGCAAUGGAACGCCCUGGACUGGCACUUAUAUAAGUCCUUCAACCGGACCUUCUGGGGGGAAAUCAAUAGGUUCGGUCACGCCCAGAUGGAGCAGGAAGUAGCUCUUCUCAGGACGCGGAGGGAAGAUCUGGCUCGGGUUUGUCUCAGGGAUGGCGGAAAGCCUGUAGAGUCGCACCGGAUCCGAGACAAAAACAUCCGCCCGUACCAGAGCGGAUUGGUGAAAAUUCUGGGCUACGAGCUUCAGCUGGGGCUGGACAACGCCACCAGGAUGGCCUGUCUGAGCAUGAUCAGGCCUGAGAUCCAGUACAAAGACGUGCUGGAUGCUAAACAGUUCCCACGGGCUCCGGCGGCCAAGCCCCAGCCAGGCCAACCGAACCAGGGCCUGAUGAUAGCGGCAGGUGGCUCUCUUUCAAGACAAGACUCGUCCAGGACAGGAGAGAGGCCAGUAGGGGGAGAGGCUGGGGGGAGGACGGUGGAGGAGGGGGAGAGGGACUGGGAUGGGAGCCGCUUAAUGAGGAGGAACCUGACUUUAAUACGAGGGCAAGAAAAAGGAAGAUGAGGUUUGAGGUGAGUCUCGUUCCCAAAUAUAAUGGUACCUUUUGGUCUUUGGACAUACGGACUAAUGAAACUGAAAACUGAGCCAAGUGUGGUUUAUACAUGAGAAAACAAAAAGCUCCUCCUUUGUACUUCCACUUUUUGGUUGUUUGCUUUUUUUCUUAAAAGCCGUCUUUGCUUU